GAUUGUGACGUUUUGUACGGUAGCCAGUAGGCGCCAAAGUAGCACCGUGGCGUGUAUUUCUUGUACCUUCAUCUUUAGUCUCCGCCACCUGCUAAGACUUUGUGAUGUGUCGUUCCUUCUUCGAAAAAAGCCACAUUUUAAUCCUAAAUGGAAUCCGAGGGAGCCUUUUACGCUCAGGCAGGGUCUUCGGCGGACAUGACCCGCAGCGAGGAGGAUUCUCUGGUGGACGGGGGGCCGCUCAUCUCAGAUGAUGUCCUCCACGCCGCCACCAGGACAGAGUUCCACACGGUGCCCACCGGCUGCUACGCCGUCCUGCUGUCUCUGCUACACGUGGUGUACAUUAUUUCCUCCUUGUGCGUGGUCGUGCUCUGCGUGUUGAAGCGUGGCCAGAAUGAGUUGUGCACCCACAUCCUGGAUCCCAAGUGGGGUGACAGUGCGGUAGUAUUGGGCAAAGCGGUCCUGUGGGUGCUGGUUCAGGCGUUCACCGGCUCCGCCAACUACUACCACAGGCAGACCCGUAACAGAGGCUACCUGCAGUUCUACAGAAGUAACAAAAGGCUCAAGGGACUGCCUUUCAUCGUGUACUCCACAGGGAACGUUGUUGUGUUGAUCAUCACGGCAGUACGACUGCCAGUUGCUGUGUACACCUACGUGCUGAUCGGUGUCUUGGCCCUGGAGCUACUCGUGGCAUUGCCCUGUCUCAUCUAUUACGCAGUCAAAAUGAGGAGCUUCAACACGGAGCGAGCGGUGCCUGACGUCUUACGGGAAGAAAAUUUACCCAGCUUCAGAGUCUGCCUGCAUACGGAGACUGGAUUCCGAGAGCGUUCCUCGCUGGAGGAGGUGGUGGAGAAACAGGCGGACUUGAUCGAGUACCUGCAGCACCACAACAGCUUGCUGAGCAGGAAGAUCCUCAACCUCACCGCUCAACAACAGCUCAGCAACUGAACAGCAUCGUCACGGUCGUGCACCCGUCAAGCACGCGGAGUCCUCUUCAGUAAGACCGGGGUCAGGUCAGACUUGCGCCUGUCACCUGGAACAGACAGAUUGGACGACGUGGUGCCGGUAGUGGUGGUGGUGUGGAGGUGGGGGUAGAGCCGCACUGAAAGUGGCCGGUGUUUAAAGAGGCGUCCCGGGUCACAGGUGAGGGGGGGGGGGGUGCUCUAUCACAGAGCAUCCCAGGAAGGCUGUUACCCAGCCCCCCCUUUUUUGUGUGUGUUUUUUGAGGAGACUACAGUAUUAUUAAAAUGUCAAUGCUGCAGUCAUAGCCAAAGAUGACUUUAGUUUACAUCGUGAGCUUAAAAAUGUUCAUAAAUGUUUGCACUUCUGCUCAUUUUUUUUCUUUCUACACAGCAGUGCUUUUUUUUUCUUUUUCAAAAAGAACUUGGAGUACACUGGCAAAGCAUUUUUUUACAACUGCUUUGACCAUGUGACUCUGAGCCCUGCAGCUGACUUGACUUUUUAGGCUGGGCAGCGGAGACUCCCUGUUGGGUAUUCACAAUUUUUGGAGGGUGGACCUAUUCCCUGUUGCUCACGGAAUAUUUUUCGUGAUUUUUUUUCCCCUCUUUCCCCAACUUUGAAAGAAAUAUAUCCUUUUUUUUCAUGGUGGUUAUAAGGGAUGUCAAUUAUUUGUGAAUUUUUACUAUCUGUGGAUGGACCGGAUCCCUAUCCCCCUGCGAAUAGUGGGGGUCUCCUGUGUCUUGUAAAUUCAUUCAUUCAUUCAUUCAUCUUCCGAGGCGCUUGGUCCUCACUAGGGUCGCGGGGGUGCUGGAGCCUAUCCCAGCUGUCUUCGGGCAGUAGGCGGGGGACACCCUGAAUUGGUUGCCAGCCAAUCGCAGGGCACACAGAAACGAACAACCAUCCGCACUCACACUCACACCUAGGGACAAUUCAGAGUGUUCAAUCAGCCUACCACGCAUGUUUUUGGAGCACCCGGAGAAAACCCACGCAGGUCCGGGGAGAACAUGCAAACUCCACACAGGGAGGCCGGAGCUGGAAUCGAACCCGGUACCUCUGCACUGUGAAGCCGACGUGCUAACCACUGGACUACCGGGCCGUCUUGUAAAUUGUUAUUUACAUAAUACAUAAUAUUUAAAUUAAAUAUUAACAGUAUAUACAGCUGCAUGUGUAUGUAUACAUGCGGUAUUAUUUGUGUUUUCAGUAAUUUGCAUGCUAGAGUGCUUAGGUUUGAUUGAAAUUUGGAGAUCAGUUCAAUAAUUUCCUCCAAAUUACAUUUUUUUUAACUUUCUAAGAAUCAAAUCGCUCGGCUAAGUACCCUGCAACUUAUUUAAAAAUACUCUCAUUCUCCUUUUUAAACGUAUGUUUAUCUUGUAAAGUACGGCUGAAUCAUUUUGAAAAAUAAUUGAAUUACAUUCCCCUCCCUCAAUGUUGUGGUAGUGAUUUACUAUGUGACUAUUUUUGUCUUCUUCCCAUGUAAUUUUUCUAAACAAGUUUAACAGUAAACUAUUUUAUGGUAUUUAGAUAUGAUUUAUUAUACCUAAAUGUUUUGGGGGUUUUUUUUCCUUUGAAACUUUCAUUCUACGACAAUGCCGAUUUGAAUUUGAUCAAUUCUUCAGACCUGCUGUAAAAAAAAGGAUACAAUUUAGACGGUGACUUGGAUUUUAGGCUGCAUCGCCCAGCCCAAGAUGACAAAUACACCACCUCAAAAAAAAAAACACACUUGCACUUUUUUCUAAUUAUUAAAAGGAAUAAAAUGUAUUUAAUGAA